GUAGCCCAGCAGCUGGUCGGAUGAGGAAAUAUACGGGAAAGCAGGAGCCACACUUCGCUUUAUAGGCUUCAGAAAUAGAUACUGACACUGCAGUGCAUCAGACGGCGAUAAAAUACACAAGAGGAGACGUUUGUUCAGAGUCAUCGCUCUGCCCGUGGAGUUUAAACUGUGUUUUUCUCCGCAGGGAUGAGGGCGCUGACGUUGCAGCAGGCUAAUGUGGCCCAAGGAGGUCAGCAGCAGGCCACAUGUGGGAGAAGUUUGUCUUCCAACUAUGCUCCUCCAAGUCUGGAGAAUAAGUUCUUGGCUCAGACCUCCACACUGACGCCCCAGCCCUGCUCUCUUUUUGCAGCACAACCUUGCCCCUCUCUCCAGCCCUCCAGCCUGUCAUCCACCUCAUCCUCCCUUCUGUCCUCAUCUUCCCUCUCGCCUUCCCUCACCUCUCCUCUCCUCAGCACUGAGAACAAGCUCCUAAGUAGCCAUUCACCUGCUCUCUCUUUUUCCCUCACCACUUCUACAUCUGUCCCCAAUGAGUCUCUGCUCUCCACAUCCCUGGCCAGCAGUGCUCUACUUAAUCGCUUUGCUCAGCCUCCUUCAUCCUUCCAUCAUGCUCUGGGUGGGGAACAGAAGAGGGAUGAUAGAGGAGAAGAAGGCAAAGAGGAAUCAUCUGAAAUGAUGCUGUCCUCUUCUGAAGAAAGUGUGCAGUAUUCUGAGGAAGAUGAUGAUUUGCCUGAAGAUGAGGAGGAUGCUGCUGAUGGGACAACCAUGGAAUUACCUGUCCUGGAAACAGAGUUGGGUAACCAGGAACUGGAACAAGCUGUGGUCAUCAGACAGGAGGAGUUUGCUGAGAUUGAAAGAGGAAAUGAGAAUAUUGAAGAGGAGCUGAAAGAUAAAAAGUAUCUCCUGCUGAACGUGCUGUGUUGCUCCCUGGUGAAUAAGAGCACAAAUCCAGGCCAGAAGGAUUGGGACUCAGAGAACAGUGUGUGGACCAAGAUCAUGAACCUGGCGAAGGACAUUUCUGUCCAUGACCCAGAGUUUCUUCUCAAGGUUGCAGUUUACACUCGACAGGAGCUGAACAUCCGCAUCACAGCAAACUUCUUAUUGGCUCUGGCUGCCAAUCAGCCCUCCACCAAGCCACAUGUCCGCAGAUACUUCUGUGCUGCUGUACAGUUGCCCUCAGAUUGGCUGGAAGUAGUCAGAAUCUACAGCACAUGCUUCAGCCGCUCCCUGCCAAUGUGCCUGAAGAAAGCAAUGGCUGACAAGUUCAAGCAGUUCAACGAGUAUCAGUUGGCAAAAUACAACACACGCAAACACCGCUGUAAACACAGCCGUAACAGGGGCAAAGCCAAGAAACCGACUGGUCAGCAGCUGAAACAGUGGGCAAACUUGCUCAGAUCGGAUGCAUCUAUUCUGGAGAAGUUUCUGCAGGUAGAGGGCAGCAAAGUGGUGGUGGAUAAGAAGCAGAGUGAGUUCAGCAUAAAGAAGAUGAUCAAGAAGCUUCACAUUAAAGAACCGGCUGAACACGUUAUGGCCAUUCUGGGAAGAAAGUACCCAGCUGACGUGAAAGCUUUCACCCAAAGUGGAAUGAAGGGCACGUGGGACAGGGAGAAAGCCGGGAAGCGAAUGAAGCUCAAAGAGCCAGAGACGUGGGAACGGCUGCUCAGUCUGGAGGGCAACAAGGCAGCCACGUGGGAGAAGCUUAUAGACAAUAAGUCUCUUCCAUUCAUGGCCAUGCUGAGGAACCUGAGGAACAUGAUCACUAAGGGCAUCAGUGAGGCUCAUCACAAGAAAAUCCUCAGCAGACUCACCAAUAAGAAAGCAGUUAUUCAGAGCCGUCAGUUUCCCUUCCGAUUCCUCGCUGCUUACAAGGUCAUCAUGGAGCUUAACGAUUUGGCUUCUGCAUCAGAGCAAGCACUCCCCCCUGUUAAAGAGAUCCUGAAGGACAUUCUGAAUAAGAUUCCCAAGAGCAGGCGCUUCAAACGUCUGGAAUGGGAUACGGCUCCAAGAAGCCGGAUGAGGGUGACGCUUGGAGUGCCGUUUAUCUAUCGUCUAUACAAAACGAAGAAGGCCCAGCUCAUAAAAGCCAAUCAGAAGCAGUUCACUGUCGCUCUGUUGGACCGUUACCGCAAAGCUCUGGAGACGGCAGUUCAGCUCUCCUGUCGUUACAAUGUGCCCCCGCUCCCUGGACGGACUAUUAUCGUUCUCUCCUCUAACUUGAGGGCUGAUGAAGAUUGGUGUAAGAAACAGGACUUCUGCCUUCCACCAGACCCUGAGCAAAAAAACGAUGAGGAAGAUGAGGAAGAAGAGGAGAGCGGGAGGAGAAGGAAGAAGAAAAAGCAGGAGGACAAGCUCACUCCUUCUAUUACGGAGAUCGCAGUUUUGCUCUCUCUGAUGGUUGUCAGCAGCGCCGAGGACAGUCAGCUCUGCUUAAUUGAUUGGAGUCACAGUCAAGAAAUUGAGCUGAAGUCUGAUGUUCUCUUGGAUAAUGUCAGGAGUGUGAUAAAGCAAAUAAAGGCAUGUUCAGGCAUAUCACAUGAAGACAGAGACAACCGCUGCUUCUCCAGAAUGCUCACCAAGAAAGACAAGGUGGACAACAUCAUCGUGCUGACUGACUACUGGGUCAAUCAUGAAGUCGAGUGGGCCAUCAACAGCUACAGGAAGGAAAUAAACAACAAAGCCCUCGUGGUGCAAAUCUUCUUGUCACAACGAGAGUCAGAGUUCACCCCUGACAGGAACUACGUGAAGCUGUCAGGCUUCAGUGAACAAUUGCUGAGGUUUGUGGCAGAACGAGGAUCGUCCAGGCUGCUGGACCAUGUGGAGCAUUUAGACAAACUGUACAACAUCCUGCCACCAGCGGGAGCUAAAGGGCCUCAGAGCACAAACGAUGUCAUCCCAAUACCAGCCAGCCCCAAGUUAGGGUGGCGAGGUGUGCGUGUGUUUGUCUCCUCCACCUUCAGGGACAUGCACGCUGAGCGUGACAUCUUGGUGCGGAGCGUGUUCCCGGAGCUCCGGCGUCGUGCUGCAUCACACUGCCUCUAUCUGCAGGAGGUGGAGCUGCGUUGGGGUGUGACAGAGGAGGAAUCAGAGCGGGCUACAGCGCUGUGCCUUUCAGAGGUGUGUCGCAGCCAGAUGAUGGUAGCGAUCCUGGGGGAGAGGUACGGCCUGGUGCCACCCAGACCUGUCCUCCCCAAUCUGCCACAGUACAGCUGGCUGGCAUCAGCCCCGGCAGCCCUGUCCAUCACAGAGAUGGAGAUCCGUCAGUUCCAGGCUCUUUACCCCGACGCGGCACAACAGAGAAUGUUCUGCUACUUCAGAGAUCCAAACAUCAUCAAAUCAGUUCCAGUGGCUUGGAAGUCUGACUUUGUUCCUGAAUCAAAGGAGGCUGAGUCUAAAAUGGCCUCUCUGAAGAGAUGGAUAAGGGCCAGUGAAGUCAAGGUCACUGAAAAUUACUCGUGUGAGUGGGGAGGCGUUGUGGAGGGGAAACCAUAUCUGAAAAAUCUGGAGGACUUUGGAAGGGCUGUACUGGAAGACCUGUGGAUGGCUGUAGUAAAGCAGUUUGUGGAAGAGGAUGAGGAGGCUGGGGCUGUGUCUGAUGUGAUGGAGCAGGAGGUGCACCAGGGGUCGCUGCAGAGGCAGUUCUUUGGCAGGGCAAAGCUGCUGUCAGCGGCUGUUGAGAUGGUGGAGCAGGCCCAGACCAAAGGGGGAAUGAUGGUGGUGGAGGGAGGACCUGGAGAAGGCAAAACUGUCUUCAUGGCUGCUCUAGCAGAUGCACUCAGGACGGGAGUAAAGUCCAGAAAAAAACUUGUCUGUGAUGUCAUCUCCUACUCUACAGCUGCCAGCCAUUCAGCACGCUCUGUGGAGAACCUGCUUCAGUGCCUUGUUCAGGGGCUGAGGAAGAUAAAAGAUACUGAGGAGGAGGAGUCUCCUCUGUCCCAUUCUUACAAGGAUUUGCUGUUGGAGUUUCACUCCAAAUUGAGUGACAAGAAGAAGAAUAAACCUCUGGUGCUGCUGAUUGAUGGGGUUGAUCUUGUCCAAGAUGGCAAAGGGCAGCUGAGCUCUGAGUGGAUCCCACAGCAGCUUCCACAGGGUGUUUGUUUGGUAGUGAGCAUCCCAACCAAAGCGGCACUGUUACAAAUCCUGGCCAAGAAAAAAGGUACUGUCCUGUUUGCCCUGGGACAGCUUACCAUGCUGGACCGAAAGGAGAUAGUUCAGAAGGGACUGGACACCUUCGGGAAGAAACUCAGUGACUCUGCAUUCAACAAUCAGCUCCAGAUGCUAAUAAUGAAGAAGGGAGCAGUGAGUCCUCUCUACCUGCACCUGGCCUGUGAAGACCUGAGAAACUUUGCCUCCUUUGACAAGUUGAAGGAGAGCCUCCAGGGCUUGCCUCAGUCUCUGAGCCAGUUGGUGCAUUACAGCCUGGACAGACUCUGCUUGCAGUACCGAGGCAUGCUGGGACUCCGCUGGGCCCUAGCAGCACUCACUGUCUGCACCACCGGCCUGAGGGAAAGAGACUUGUACUCUGUACUGAACACGUGCAAUGACCUAUCCUCACGGGACAGUCAGGUCACAUGGCAGGAAGUUCUGCAUCUGUCCAGGAAGCCCAAAGGACGCAUUCCCCUGGCAACUUUCACCCGUAUGGUACAGAGUUUACAAAGUCUGAUCGGUUCGUCUCAUUGCCACAACACUGACGACAUGCUGGUUCUAACCAAUCCAGAGGUAAAGAGGGCCUUUGAGGACUUUCUCCUACCAACAGAACAUGACAGAACCAGAGCUCACCUUGUACUAGCAGCACAUUUGUGGACACUAGCCGACCCACAGGGCACAGAUACCUUCAUUAACUGUGAGGCCAACUCUGUCUUGCACCUGCCUUCCAAACUGAUUCAAAGUGGCCAGCUGGAGGCGCUUCAUUCCCUACUCUCCAGCUACUACUUCCUGUAUGCUAAUGUGCGCCAUGGCUUCUUGCACCACCUUCUGGAGACCUACAGCUUGUAUGAUAACAUGCCGAAGUCUGCAACCUCAUUUGGUUUCCAGGGUCGUCUAGAAGACUGCCGAAGUUUCCUGCGGCGUCACAGCCCCUUGCUCUCCUCCUGGCCGGCUCUUUUCAUUCAGCAAGCCCUCAACGAGCCUGCUGAGACCUCUGCUCACACCUGGGCCCAAGGCCUGGUGGGAGAAGGAGGGGCCCGGGUAGUUGAGUGGCUGAACAAUGACAAUCAGAUGCUUCAGGAGACCAGUGAGCUUGUGUCGACCUUCCCUUCUGAACCGACCUGUUUGGUUGUGAGCUCGGAUGAAGAACUGAUGGUGGUUGGUACUGGACAAGGAAUACUGCAUUUCAUCAACACACAGACCGGACAGGAAGUGAAGUCGCUUGUGAGCAGCUGUGACGGCAUCUCGAGCUGUGUCUUUCUAAAGGAUGGACGUCUUGCCACCACCUCCUAUGAUGGACGAAUAGAAAUCUGGGACAUUGGGAAUGGCUGCAGGACUGCUCUGAUUGAGGGCCACACUAAUGUGAUAACAGCAAGUGAUAUCACUGCAGACAGGAAGCACCUGGCAACUGUGUCUCUGGAUUUCAUGCUGAAAGUGUGGUCCUCAACUAAAGGUAAUGAGGUAGCGGCCCUGCAAAGCUCCAGCCCUUUGAACUGUGUGACCUUUGAACCUGAGGGUCACCUGCUUGCUGCUGGUUGCUGGAAUGGGAACGUAAUUGUGUGGAACUGGGUCCAGAAUAAAAUGCUAACGUCUCUGUCUGGUCACCAGCAUUCAGUGCGUAGUCUCUCCUUCUCUCCCUCCUCCUCCAUGCUCUGCUCCGGCUCCGUGUCUGGAGAGGUCAGAGUGUGGUCAGUGCCCAACUCUACCUGUGUGGGAUGUUUCCAGGCUCAUGGCGGAGCCACAGAGGCUCUCACCUUCCUGGAUGAAGGCAGCAUGCUGCUGAGUGCCGGCUCUGAUCACAUGCUCCAGCUCUGGUCAGGAGGACUUGGACGUUCAGUCACUGCUUUAAAAAGUGAUAAAUGCGAGCGGGAGCCUCCUCCUAAGAAACUGAAGUCUGUAACGUCUGAGCCUGCUGCUCUGUGUGUGGCUAUUAAUGGAGACUAUGCUGCUGUGGGAUACCAUGGUGACGGCAUCAAACUUUUCAGUCUUGACUCAGGUGAGAGUAUUUGGGACUCCGGAAGUCUUGAUGUGUCCGUACUGUGUUUGCUGUGGGUCAUUUCGGAUGCAGAGGAGCUGCUGUUGUCAGCAGGAAGUGACAAACGUUUGAGGGUCUGGAAGAGAAAAGAAGAAGAGAAGGGACUUUUGGGAGGCCUGGAAUGGUGUGGACUGUUUGGUGUGCAGACAGGCGUUGUCCUGGCAUUAGCACAAAACUCCACAUACUUGGCUACAGCUUCAGAUGACUUCACCAUUGUUCUGUGGUUGUUGAGCGAUGUGGCUGAUGACCGCUACCCCACUGAAGAGCCUCCUGCAAUGCUGAGGGGCCACAGAGGAGGAGUCACCUGUCUGGCUUUCAGCCCCGAUGGUGGACAGCUGCUAUCCGGUGGAAAAGAUCAGGCCCUGAUGGUGUGGGAUGUGAGCUCGUCUCCUCCUGCUCUCUCCAAGUCGCUCCUUCUCUCUCACAGAGACUGGAUCACCGGCUGUGUUUGGACUUCAGACUGUGUGAUAAGCUCUUCAAACGACGGGAGACUUUGUUUAUGGGAUCUGCAGGCAGGCCAGUGUCUCAAAGAAAUCUCCUGGAGGAAUCCUCUUACAUCUGUCUGCUGUCUGGGACAAUAUGUGAUAGCCGGCUGUGCAGAGGGAGGGCUGCAUGUUUGGAACUGGGAAACAAACACAGAAAUCUGCCACAUUGCUGCACACAAGCAACGUAUACACCACUGCUCACUCCUACCAAUUACAGACAAGAGCAAAGAAAACAACCCAGAGGAAAUGACUGUUUCCACUGCGUCUGAUGAUGGCACAGUGCAGCUCUGGAAGCCAUUACAGGUGGAGCACUUUGGCACCUUCCAGGGUCACAGCGGUGCGAUAUGUGAAGUUGUUUGCAAAGAAGGACUCCAACAAUUCCUCACUGUUUCUGAAGACUGCUCAUUGCGAUGCUGGACGUGGACAACAGAGAGUCCUCCCAGUCUGAGAGGCCCAGUCACGGCUCUGUGCUUCUCCCAGAGAGGUGAUUUGCUUCUUGCUAGUUACGAAUCUGGUUUGCUGGAAGUAUGGCAGCAUCACACUGUGGUCGGCCACAAGCAGGCUUCAGAUAGCACCGUCACAGCAAUCUGCUCCAUGCCUGACGGUCAGUUUGCUGUCAGCUACACGAAGCCUGCUGUUGAUGUGUGGAAGCUGGUGUGGAAUCACCAACACAGCACUGCAAGCCUGGUGAAGGUAACCACAUACACUGUGGAAAACCCAGUGGUCCGCCUCAUCUACUGCUCUGUCCUGAUGGGUGUGUCAGACAUUGGAACAAUAUUUGAUGUAACAAAAGAUGAGGAGAACAACUGGAACUACUCCGUCACCAGUUGGAGCCAAUGCGUCCGAAUUUUGGGGAUGGUCCGUAACGACGAGAAAAGCAUGUGGCUGGUGGGCGAAGAAGACAAAGAAGUCAAACUUGGCUUUGUUUUUGCCAUGGGUUCCAAAAACAGUUUUAAUUCAGCUUUCAGCCAAAUGAGCCUAGAGACCGACGAAGAGGAGAAGAAGAAGGGGAGCCUGAUAACUGCUGGAACUGUGGACAAAGAGUUUGUCGUGUGUGGAGACGUGGACGGCAACAUGUGGUACAACCAGCCUUCAGAGGUUUCCUCAUGGAGCAGCAGGAAACCUGCUCACAGUGACAGGAUCACUGUGCUGAAACUCACUGACAGCACCAUCAUCUCGGCCUCCUACGACAGGACAGUGAAACUGUGGGACAGAGACACCAAGAAACAGGUGGGAAUGUUUGUGUGUGGAGGUCCUGUUCUGCAUUUGGAGGUGAACCCUGAAGAACCCAACAAACUGGUUUGUGGUGAUGGAUCGGGAAAGCUCUACUUUCUCUCCUGGAAAGAAUAAUACUCAAGAUAUUAAACACUAAAUUCAGCAUUUAGGAAAAAUGCUUAAACACUACACUAACCAAAGAUUACUGAGAAUAUUUUGCUUCUCUUCCUCUUUCCUCUUCCUCUUCCAGUGAUGGUGAAUAUGCAAUAUAUCUAUAUACUUAAAAGGAGGUGAAAUGUUUACACCACGUACAGGAGUAUGCAUCUAUGUAAUAGUUGCAAAGAUAUGUUUACGUGUGCCUUUAAUUUAGAUGGCAAAAGAACUUGCCAAUGUAACAAGCAUAUAUUAAGAAAAGCUUAAAGAAUAUUAACAGCUAUAGUUUUGUGUGAGCUGAAUUAGUUAAAUGUUUUUUAUUAUUUGAAAACUCUAAAGGAAUGAAAAUAGAAAUGUGGCUAAAAUAACUAAAUUAUCUUUUCUUUGGCAAUAAAUUAUGUUCAAAUCUG